AGAGACGUUUUUCAUGCCGAUAACACGCGUUCGCGGUUUGCCGGCUUUUAUCGUAAUAAAUAUUGACUUAUUGUGACUAAUGUGUUAAACUAUAAACUUAAAAAAAUCUAUACGUGCACUUAUUGAACGGUUGAGUGAAGUGAUCUGAAAAUUUGGUCUUAGAACAUAAUUAUUUGACUAUUUUGUCCCGUUAGUUUUAUUUUGAUUGCUGUUUUUGUGACGUUUUUUUAGACUGUAUUUACAGUUUUUGCAGGAUUCAUAGAAACAUCAGACCUUCAUCAGAACGUUUAACCUGCAAGAGCAACAGACUAUCUGUGAUGGUGAAAUGGCGACCACCACGAUGGUAGUAUCGCCGCUGGCCACGCAGUCGUCGCCGAAAAACAAGCGGCGCCUGUUCGCCGAAGCGCGGCAGAACAGUCUGCACAAGCUGAGCGUCAUAUUCGACCACUCGCAUAAGAACGGCAAUGGUGGGGAGACGACAUGGUGUUUCAGCCAGGUGAAAGGCACGCUCGAGGACGACGUCACAGAGGCCGACCUUAUCUCCUGCGUGGAGUUCAACCACGAUGGCGAACUGCUCGCCACUGGCGACAAGGGAGGCCGUGUUGUCAUAUUCCAGAGGGACCCAGCAUCAAAACAGUGCGUGCCCAAGAAGGGCGAGUACAACGUGUACUCAACAUUCCAGUCCCACGAGCCAGAGUUCGACUACCUCAAGUCGCUGGAGAUCGAGGAGAAGAUCAACAAGAUCCGGUGGCUCAAGCGCAAGAACCAGGCUCAUUUUCUGCUAUCCACUAACGACAAGACUAUUAAACUAUGGAAGGUAUCGGAGCGCGACAAGCGCGUGACGGGCUACAACACGCGAGAGGAGAGCGGGCGCGCGCGGGACCCGUCCCGCAUCACGCAGCUCCGCGUGCCCACGUGGCGCCCCGCCGAACCCAUGGUCGAGGCGUCCUCCCGGCGGAUAUUCGCGAACGCGCACACCUACCACAUAAACUCGAUCUCGCUCAACUCUGACCAGGAGACGUACCUGUCCGCGGACGACCUGCGCAUCAACCUGUGGCACCUGGAGAUCACGGACCAGAGCUUCAACAUAGUGGACAUCAAGCCUGCCAAUAUGGAGGAGCUUACAGAGGUGAUCACAGCGGCAGAGUUUCAUCCGACUGAAUGCAAUCUCUUUGUAUAUUCUAGUAGUAAGGGUACAAUAAGGCUGUGUGACAUGCGAGCUGCGGCGCUGUGCGACCGCCACGCCAAGCUCUUCGAGGAGCCGGAGGACCCACAUGCGCGUUCCUUCUUCUCAGAGAUCAUCUCCUCUAUCUCCGAUGUCAAGCUCAGUAACUCGGGACGAUAUAUGAUGUCAAGAGAUUAUUUAGGUUUAAAAGUAUGGGAUCUUAGAAUGGAAACAAAACCAGUAGAAACAUAUCCAGUGCACGAGUAUCUGCGGUCGAAGCUGUGCUCGCUGUACGAGAACGACUGCAUCUUCGACAAGUUCGAGUGCUGCUGGAGCGGAGACGACCAGCGGCUCAUGACCGGCUCAUACAACGGUUUCUUUAGAGUGUUCGAGCGCUUGUGCGCCGGCGGGCGGCGCGGCGAGCUGACGCUGGAGGCGGCGCGCGACGCGGCGGCGCGGCCCCGCCAGCCGCUGCGCCCGCGCCGCGUCGCCACCACCGCCAAGAGGAAGAAGGACGAAAUCAGCGUCGACUGCCUGGACUUCAACAAAAAGAUCCUCCACACGGCGUGGCACCCGCACGAGAGCAUCAUCGCCGUCGCCGCCACCAACAACCUCUUCAUCUUCCAGGACAAGUUCUAGCCUUCGCCGAGCCUCCCGGAACCUUCCAGGCACAUCUGAGGACCUUAUCGUGGGGUAAUACGGCUCAAAAUGCAAGGGCCUUCGAGGUAAAUUCAACUGAGCCUUUAAAUGGGCGAGAUACCAGAAAAAGCCUUGAGUUUUGAGCUUUAUCACAAAGGUUUGGAGUUCAAAAUGAGGAAGAUACAGUGCUUAAGAGCCUUGAAACUCUGAAUUCUCAGGAAAGGCCUUAGUUUGAGCCUUAUCACAAAUAGGAUUCUAAGUAUAGUUGGUAGAGGCCCGGUAUUUUACGCCUGUCGUGCGAGUUGAUAUGCCCUGGAGGCAAAAG